AUGUCAAUUAACCCAGGCCGCUUGCCAAUCCGGACUGAUACCGGUGAUCACCCAGACAAGAGGACGACGGGACAUCCAGAGAUACCAAAUUUCGGCUAUUUUGUUAACGAAACGCUGACAAUCAGGCUUGCGGCCUACACAAGCGUGUGCAGAGGAGAGACGGACGUGAGUGAGAACUGCACCAAACUGUGUUCCCUCCACCCCCCAGACCGAGAGGUCAUCCCGGUCUCCCAAUGACAUACUCCUCAUAUACCUGCUGGCUACAAGAAUCUACCCUGAUGCGAGCUCGAGCUGCUGCUAUCACUCCUAAGAUGGCGGCUACUCCUAAUCUACAAUUGCCUGACAAGACACAAAUUGUGAAAACCCUCCAAGACACGUUUGAACGUCUACUCCAUAAUGUCCAGACAAGGGGACGACGGGGCAUCCAGAGGCACCAAAUUUCAGCUCUUUACAAGCUUUUGGGCAAAAAUGGAGGCCCAUGGUACGGAGACACCGCGCCAGAACCAGGAGGAAGCCAGUAG